GUCAAAAAUCUUGAUUUCGUUCGUUGCGAAACCGUGUUUUUCCGAAUUUCAGGAAAAUUUUACGGAAAAUUUCACUGUUUAAAAUGAAUUCAAGUGUGUUUAUUAGUUUAAUUUAACUCCUAAAUCCGACGAGAUGGAAAACCCCGUCGCCGAAGUGAAAGUCGACGCUGAAAGUACCGAAAUAAAAGUUGUUGAGAAGCCGAAGAAAAGUUGGCCAAGAAAUGCUCUGCUUUUCACUAUCGCCCUGAUCCUAGGCUACAUCCACUACAAAUAUGCAUCAACACUCUUCGACAACGAUCGCAACUUUGCGUACCUCUCAGAUCUCGAACGGGAGAUGUCUUUCCGGACCGAGAUGGGUUUCUACUACUCGUACUACAAAACCGUGGUGGAGGAGAAACCAUUCGUGGCAGGGAUCACUAAACUGAUGUACGAUAAGCUUGUGGAGUUCCCGAAGGAUGUGAAUGCGUUGAAUCGGUUUAAUAUACACCCUGAGGUACUCCUCGGAGCCAUAUACCGCUACUUCGAACCACGUCUCAACACGUCCUCCAACGUGGAGUGUCUGACAGUGGACCGGGGCGAAGGCCUGCCUCCAGUGGCUUCGUGCACCGGGCUCGGGGUGCCGGUCCUGUUCUACUUGGAGGCGAUAUGGUGGCUGGCCGGCGUCACUGUGGCCGCUGUGUUCCUGCACGCCACUCUCAUCAGCUCCUUCAACGCCAUUAAUCAGGAGCAGCAACACAGACAGAUCCUGCGUUUGACAGUUGAAAACCUGACAGAGGGUAAGAGACGUAACGAGCCGCGCCUCAACCCGUCCUCCAACGUGGAGUGUCUGACAGUGGCCCGGGGCGAAGGCCUGCCUCCAGUGGCUUCGUGCACCGGGCUCGGGGUGCCGGUCCUGUUCUACUUGGAGGCGAUAUGGUGGCUGGCCGGCGUCACUGUGGCCGCUGUGUUCCUGCACGCCACAUUAAUCAGACGUCACGAGCCGCGUCUCAACACGUCCUCCAACGUGGAGUGUCUGACAGUGGCCCGGGGCGAAGGCCUGCCUCCAGUGGCUUCGUGCACCGGGCUCGGGGUGCCGGUCCUGUUCUACUUGGAGGCGAUAUGGUGGCUGGCCGGCGUCACUGUGGCCGCUGUGUUCCUGCACGCCACACUCAUCGGUUCCCUAAAACACCCAACUGAGACGUCCUCCUUGUUGCGUCUCAACACGUCCUCCAACGUGGAGUGUCUGACAGUGGCCCGGGGCGAAGGCCUGCCUCCAGUGGCUUCGUGCACCGGGCUCGGGGUGCCGGUCCUGUUCUACUUGGAGGCGAUAUGGUGGCUGGCCGGCGUCACUGUGGCCGCUGUGUUCCUGCACGCCACACUCAUCAGCGAGAGCAUCCUAGGCGGUUUCCUGGCUGUCACUCAAUACUUCGCCAACCACUCAGAGCUGACCCGCGUUCACUGGGCCCCCAAUGAGAGGGAGAACUUCGCGUGGCCUCUACUACUGGUUCAAGCUUGGCUGGUCAGCUUCCAGAUCAGGGAUCAUGGGAAGAAGACCACUUUUCAGCUGCAAGUAGCAAUAUUCUUCUUAAACUGCACAGCGCUGUUAUUCUGGCAAUUCUCUCAAUUCGUGUUCCUCACACAGAUCGCCAUAUUUUUCAUCAUGGAACAACUUAGAAUAAUCAAUAUGAAAGCAUUUUGCAUCUUCCUACAUUCUCACUUCUGUGGCUUACACACAGCAGUGUUGCUACUACAAGGGAAUGACAUGCUAAAAUCGUCCUUAUACGUUUCUUUUUUCAUAUCAGUGUCCGCAUACUGCUUGUUCUUCAGUUCUUUGAGAAUUAAGGUCGAAAAUACACUGGACUUCUUCGUGGAAGCAUGGCUGGUUUUGUUAAGAAUUUUCAUUAUAGUAUGCUCAUCGAUUUACUUCAAAAAAUUAAUCAGUGAAUUCUUGGAUGUGCAAGAAGAUACGCAUAUAUGGGAGCUGUUGUAUUCGAAAUUUAGUAACUACAAAAGUUUUCAUACAUUAAUGUAUACUUGUAGCGACGUGUAUGACUUCCUACCGUGGUCUACUAUAGUUCGUUUGCUAAAAUCAUUUUUGAUUCCUUUCGUGAUUUACAAUAUUCUGUAUGUGGUCAAUUUCUGGUGCCAAAGAGCUUGUGAUACUCUAAUAGAGAAUGAGCAGAAAGAAAAAGAGCAAGACAGUGGGAAUGGACAAGAUGAUGAAGACAGUGGCAUAGAGAACUCGACCACAGACAAUAAAGUGAAGAAGCGAAAGCCCAAAGAGGAUGAAAAUCAAGACAAUUUUAUAGCGUUUGUGAAAAGUUUGGAAAUAGAACCGCAUGUGUUCUAUGGGAUAGCACAGAUGGUUGUCUAUGGUGUCAUGGCGGCUUUGAUAAUGCGGUUGAAGCUGCUCUUCGUGACGCAAAUGUGUAUUGUGUCUGGUCUGCUGAUGAACACUAAAUAUUGGAGAUUUGUGCUACCCAACAAGAAGUAUAUUCCGUUUUUAUGGGGAAUCCUUCUAGUGCCAGUCUGCAUUGCUCUAUUCGAGAAUGUGAACAAAGAGACCUCGUACGUUGGCCAGUUCAGCGACCCACCCCUAGAGGAACUCCUCCAGUGGAUCAGCAAGUACACUGAACCGUCGUCAGCGUUCGCUGGCAGCAUGCCUCUCAUGGCGGCCGUCAUGUUGUCCACGCGGCGACCCGUCGUGACGCACCCGCACUAUGAACACCAUGACGCCAGCCUCCUCCAGUGGGUCAGCAAGCACACUGAACCGUCGUCAGCGUUCGCCGGCAGCAUGCCUCUCAUGGCCGCCGUCAUGUUGUCCACGCGGCGACCCAUAGUGACGCACCCGCACUAUGAACACCAUGACGCCAGCCUCCUCCAGUGGGUCAGCGAGCACACUGAACCGUCGUCAGCGUUCGCCGGCAGCAUGCCUCUCAUGGCGGCCGUCGUGCUGUCCACGCGGCGACCCGUCGUGACGCACCCGAACUAUGAACACCAUGACGCCAGGCAGCGCACAUACGCCGUAUACAAAAUGUACGGCAGGUUCACAGCUGAAGAACUGUAUGAAGAGCUCACUAAACUGAAGACCACGUAUCUGGUGGUGGAGUGGCAGUAUUGCUAUGGGAAGAGCAACAAAAACUGCACGUUCGAAGACAUAUGGGACAGUGUGACUCAAACGUCCCGCGCUGUCCCGCCGCUGUGUCGUGCGUUGCUCACGCGCGCGCCUGAUCACUUCUACCCGGUGUUCCGGAACAGGAGGUACACUGUGCAUCGGCUGCAUGACGUCAGCCUGAGGUGA